UGGGACGGUGGCCAGACCUGGCGGCAUGUUCUGCUACCACUGCCCCCCGGGUCUUCCAACGCCACGGUUACCACCCACCCUCGAGUACCCAUUCGCCGCCACUCACCCCUAUACCAGUUACUCGGCGUAUCAUCCAGCCUUGCACGGAGUCGGCGAGGAUUCUUUCGUGAGACGAAAGCAAAGAAGGAACAGGACCACGUUCACUCUUCAGCAACUCGAGGAACUAGAGUCAGCGUUUGCACAGACACAUUACCCGGAUGUUUUCACGAGAGAGGACCUGGCGAUGAAGAUUAACCUCACCGAAGCCAGAGUUCAGGUAUGGUUUCAAAAUCGUAGAGCAAAGUGGAGGAAAAGCGAGCGUUUGAAGGAAGAACAGAGGAAAAGAGAAGGUAACGGAGGAGCUGGUGCAUUGGAAACGACAGGUCUGGCACCACCAACGUCUUCAUCGGCAGGUCCAAGUCCCACAGGACACGAUCCUGAAGGAACAACAAGCAGCAGUGCCCCGGACGCGGAGGACGCUGGCCCAGAUGGAGCUGGCGGGUCGAGGAGCCCCAGCACGACUUCCGCGUCGGUCAGUCCGCGGCCUCAGCAGAGUCAGCCGUCCCUGGGUGGCGUCUCGACGCCACCGCCAACCCCCAUAAGGGCGCCACCGCCACCACCUAGCACCGUGGGGGGUCUCGGCCCACCCGGCGAGAGCGCUCCCGGAUUGGCAGCGAGUUUCAGGCCAGUCGAGCCACCCACGUCUCUGUUCUUCUCGCCGCAUUUGGCAGCGCAGUUUUCUCCGCCUCUGUUUGGCAAUAAGGUGGUCAGUAGCGCGCCAACAUCCCUAACCUCGACGACCCCGUCGCUCUGGACCUCGAGCGACCAUCGACCUGGAAGCUUGCAGGACAUGUUGUCCUGGUCACCAGCCGGAUGGCCAGGUUCCCUGUGCGGCUGCUGUAAGCCUGGAACCGGCGAUCUCCACAGAAACAGCAGCUUGGCCGAGUUGAGGAGAAAGGCUCAGGAACACUCGACUGCUUCCGCGCUCCUUGGCGGGCUGGCCGGCUUUCCCGGAGGUCUGCCAUUGCCGUUGCCUCUGCCGUUGCUGCCACCGUUGCUAGGACUGUCCAGGAGGCCUGAACACCAUCAUCAUCACUUGCCAAGCAUGGUACACCAAAUACAACCGACCACGAAAGAGGAUCCCUAGGAUCGCGUGCAGCGCUCGUCGCUCCUUGAUACUGGGCAUGUAUUUGUUUCAAGACGUUGGUCCAUGUUUCUCCUCUUCUCUUAUGGUUUCCAUGAUUUGAUUUUACUUAAGGGAGCGUUUUCCUAUUUGGUGCCGUCGAUUCUAAUCGAUACUGACGUCGAGUGGAAGAUUGUUGCGUGAUUAUAGAUCAAGGGCUUUCGAAAUUUUGUAGUCCUGUAUCUCGGUCGGUUUUGUACAAUUGUUUCUAUCAUUCUUUUUUUUUUUCAAUUUUCAACUUUCAUAUGCCGGGGGUUUAUAUUGUUGUACAAGUAUAUGUUUGUACUGUUCCAUUCGUACGAAAGGAAAAAUUAAAGAUGAAAUUAAUUUGUAUAGAAGCGGUUAUCUUGUGAACUAGAGUUGUUAAAGAAGCUUUUUUAACAAAACGGCAACUGUAUAAAAAAAAAUUCAUUAAAUAUAUAACUUGCCCAGGCGAUAAAAAUGACUAUUAAUGUUGACACAGUUCCAGAACGUAAGAUAGUCACUUUUGUAUAGAUCAAAUUCACUUUUUGUAUUUUCUCCUUUCAGAUAGAUACAACAACGAUAAAUCGUGGCAGAUAUUAAAAAUGUACACUGCAGAAAAUUGCGAUUAUUACAAUAGUAAUAAUUGUAUAAAAGUUACAUUAUAUUGUUUUCAAACAUGCUUGAGGUAUAAAAAAUUUCGAUCUAUAACAAUCUAACAAUUUUCUAUCCGAUACGUCGUUUAAAUCGACAGAUCCAAAUGAAAGUACUCUCUUAAGAAUGACAAUAUUGCGGGAGAACUUUUCAAGACGAUGAGGGGCUUCGAAGUUUGGAAAUUAAUGAUUUUACGUGAGAUAGUAGAGCAUGGUUGAUGAAAUUAGUGGGUGGUUGUUAACUUUAAGAGUAAUUUUCUUUCUUUCCUUUUUUGUUUUUUUUUUUUUUUUUUUCGUUAAAGUUGAUGAAUCUUUGUUACACGCUGUUGAGUAGUGGUUUUCGUAGAUGAUAAAUUUUAUAUUUUUGUGCAACACACGUACGAAACGAAAUCGGAGUAAAAGAAAAUUAUGAAAAAAAAACCUCUGGUAAUGAUGGAAACAUUGAAAUACCACGUCGGAACGUGCCUCCUCGAUUAAUGUUUAAUCAAGCGACUGUGAAGGAAAUUGAGAAACGAAACAAGGGAAACAUUUUUAAUCGUAUCAAAAGCAUAGCGAUUUUCAAACGUUUGCCAUCUUGAAAAAAAGCCACUUAAAUCGUUAAUUUUCUUCAAUUCUCAUACAUUCGUUUUACGAAUAUUUUUAUUCGUUCGUUUAAAAAACUCAGUGUUCAAUCAAAAGAUAAGGUGUCUGCUAAUUAAACGAGUUUAGUCCAUUAAGGACCAACCAGUAAUUUAUAAUAAUAUUAUAGACAAACUAGGCGCAUUUAUGGGAUUUCUGGAAGUACAAAAAUUUACAAGAAUAAAAUGAAAUAUUGAUUCAAUAAGUAGGCUAUGAUUGAUUUAAUAAGGUUUCAUUUCUUUAA